UUAAUUGAAAUGAGACGACACGCGAUUGGCGUGCGCGCCAUGCGUUUAACUUUUCCAUAUCUCUGGUUCAGUUCAAUCCAGGGUGGGAAGACAAGUUGAUUUCAGUCAUCUGCGGGCCAGUGCGGUGAAGUGAACAAACACGAGAAAGUCGACGCAAUAGGUCUUUUUAUUUCUGAGGAAGUUAACAUGUGCGUGGUGCCACUUUAUCAGUGGCAUUCUUUUCCGCACUAGUCAUACAAUCAAAUUUUACAUCUCGUCGAAGAAUUUGAAAAUUUAUUCGAGAGCCUGGGAAAAGAUAUUUGUAGUUCUGGACAGUUCAUUUAGAGUUCUGUGAUUUAAAAUUGUGAUGGACGGAAAGUUGAUGGGGUUGUUAAUCAAUUGACGGGAUUCAGAGUCGCAGGAACUGGUGAGCAGUUCAAAUUACAGUCAUGUUUCAUGUGAAGAUGAUGAGACAAAUUUCGGAAAUCUCCUAUGUGGGAGGUUUCAAACUCAUCAGAAUGGCCAGUGGACAGGACAGAGAGGGACAUGUGACAAUUCCCCUACAGUACAAUGAUGCGCACUGGAAGGGAAUUUUCGAGAAGUACGAUCUGGAUGGCGAUGGUAAAAUCUCCUACAACGAACUGAAGGCAAUGGUCCGGGGAUCCAGCUGCACUGAUGACAUACCACCUAGAGUUGUGAGACUCAUAAUGCACAAAGCUGACUUGGACGAGUCAGGGUAUUUGGAGUAUCCGGAAUUUAUUGCUAUGAUCCACAGGAAAGACAUGCAGGGUGUCUUUGGGCACUUCAUUAAUCGCUAUGUACACACGAUGGUGCCAUGCAGGCCCACCCUAUCGACUCAAUUGAGUGCGAGAAUUUCUACGGACUUUCCCGAUGGCCAGUAUGAGGAGGAGUACAGUUGUAGACCCCCUCCAGUAGCCAUGAUCAUCAUAUCAAUCAUCGAAAUUAUUUUAUACGUUUACGAUAUUGUCACAGUGCCGAAAAAAGCAUCACUUAUUGAGGGACCAGCCGCUGAGUUAUUUAUUUACAAUCCUCAUCAAAGAUACGAGGCAUGGAGAUAUGUGACAUAUAUGUUUGUACAUGUUGGAGUGUUCCAUUUACUGGUAAACCUAUUAGUGCAAGUAAUGCUGGGAAUACCUUUAGAGAUGGUUCACAAAUGGUGGCGCGUACUAAUCAUCUACCUCGCUGGAGUAGUAGCUGGCUCUCUUGGGACAUCAGUAUCAGAUCCAAAUGUCUACCUCGCUGGCGCAUCUGGUGGUGUAUACGCACUCAUAACAGCCCAUGUUGCAACAAUCUUAAUGAAUUGGCAACAAAUGGAGUUUGCUGUGCUCCAAUUAUGUGUAUUCGUUGUUAUAACGACUGUUGACGUCGGCCAAGCUGUUUACAAUCGGUACGUUCUCGGUACACAGGAUCAAAUUGGGUAUGUGGCGCACUUGGCAGGUGCUAUUGCUGGUCUAUUAGUUGGGAUUAACGUUCUUCGUAAUCUUGAAGUACAAACAUGGGAGAAAGCACUUUGGUGGGCUAGUAUCUUUACGUAUACUGCUCUCAUGGCAGCUGCCAUUCUGUGGAAUAUCUUUGGAAUGGAUUAGGACAGAUGUUUUGUCAUUAGAAUAAGCUAUGACUGUGGAAACAGUAAGAGGAGAUUAUGGGAAAAAUUAGUUAAAAUAUUCACUAUUUUGUAAAUAUAUUCGAAAGUGUAAGGGUUAGUAGAAGAUAUUAACACGCGCCCUUUUAGAGCUUACAAGUUUUCAACUUAUCGCCUGACCAAUUUUUCUCAGAUACAUUUGACUUUUCCUUACAAUCAUACUUCAGAAAGGAUCUAUAAAUGUGUUCAGCGUCCUUUUACUACGAAUCACUUCUGUAUAUUUAUGGAUGACAAUAUUUGAUAGGAAGACCUAGCGAAUUCGAUCUUUCUAUACAAUUUCUUUUAUCAAGACCUUCUCUAUGGAAUUCCCUUGAUUAAAAUUCUAUUCUUUUAUUUGACGUUUUUGAUGCGAAGAAAAAACAAAAAAGAGUAAAAAAACUUGGUUAUUUCAGCAAAAAAAAAAUUUGUAGAAAGUGUCCGAAAGAAAUAAUAAUAGAGCGUCGGUGGAUUCCGUUGAUUUGAUAGAUUGAAUGUUUUUUAUUUAAAAUUUUAAUAGGAGUCCAAGAUAAUUUUUCCACAAAUUUGCUAGUGAUUUUUAUUACACUUUUUGCGCGUUGAGGCUAGAAUUAAUCCAUAAUUCGCUCAGUAUUUAAUUAUUGGCAGCUACGAAUAAAUAAAUAUUCGAUUUAAUGAACCGAGUUCUAUAUAAGUUUAUUUUAUACUUUAGUGUAGUACAAAAUUAUAUCACGACGCCAUAUGAUGAAUUCACUGAAAUUAAUCACUCUCUUGAAACAAUGACAACGAGCAGGAUUGGGUAUAACAGAGUAUUAAUUAUUAUUUUUUUGAUAAGUAUAAACUUUUGUACGGAAGAUACGAAAGAAGAUGCAUUUAUUCUCUAUGAAUUUUUAUGACACGUAUUUAUGGUGUGGAAGGAGAUUGAGAGUGGUGUGUUCACUGUGAAAGAGUACAAUUUUUAUUACUGUAUUUAAUGGAUAGAAAUCAUGCACAGAGUGUUGGGAAUGAGCUGGUGUUGUCAAAACUUUUUAUAAAAUAUCAGUUGUAUUGAAAAAUUACACUAUUUUACUGCCAUCGUAGUUUCCAACACACUGUGUCAAUUCAUUUCAUAUUAAUAAUGCUCUCAUUAUCUAAGUUAUGUAUUUAUUUUACAACGAAGAUAUAUUGUUUUUUAUGAUACAAGUUAAAUAAAAUCGUUUGGAGAAGA